UUCGAGCGGUGAUGAUAUCUACGCACAAAUGCAUAUUCAAGGUUCACUUCACAUAGUGAGGUUAAGAUGGGCAACAGAAUCUCAAAAUUUAGUCGCCGAACAUGUUUUUUUAUUCGAAUCUCCCUUCUUCUAUUUAGGCACAACACCCAUAACUAAUGUCAAUAAUUCAACGAUUACGCUUAUUUACAUCUACCCAAACAAGAAAGUAUUAUACCAAGCUAAGGUUCCGGAAACAAUAAUAAGCCCCAUACAAAUUAGUGAGAGUUCCAGGAUCGACAUAUUUGUAACGAAUAACGAUAGCAGAAAUUUUUAUAUUGAUGUCCACAAUUCUCAAAUUUUUACAGUUAUAGAUCGACCAAAAAAUAAACUGACAAUUGCACUGAAGUUAAAAAAUGGACUAAUAAAAGAAAAAUCGUACCGAUUCCCAAUCAUUCAAAACGAUCGUGUUGCAUUUGUUAAAAUCUUUAUUAAUAAUCUGUUCAUUUUUACCAUAGAAGGCAUUGUAAAAGUUUACAGACUUAAAAAUCCAUUGCAUUUACUUCAUCUCACCUUUGUGGACCCUCCAAAUUUAAAGUUAACGCUUAAAACUGAUAUAAAUUUUGGAAUUUUUAGACAUAUUAUAAUCAAAUUAAAAAAUGACAAAUUAUGUCUAGUAUGUUACGGAUCACACGAAGAAAUAUGUAUAAUACCAUUUCAAUAA